AUGUCUGACUUCCAAAAGGAAAAGGCCGACCAACAAGACCAACCUCAGAUCCACAAGAUCAGAAUCACCUUGACCUCCACCAAGGUCAAGCAGUUGGAAAACGUUUCUGCCAACAUCAUCAAGAACGCUGAAAACUACAAGUUGGUCAAGAAGGGUCCAGUCAGAAUCCCAACCAAGGUCUUGAAGAUCACCACCAGAAAGGCUCCUAACGGUGAAGGUUCCAAGACCUGGGACACUUACGAGAUGAGAAUCCACAAGAGAUACAUCGACUUGCAAGCUCCAGCUCAAAUCGUGAAGAGAAUCACCCAGAUCACCAUCGAACCUGGUGUGGAUGUCGAAGUCACCGUUGCUGCCUAA